AUGGUUGUGCCGAGAGCUCCUAGUGGAGGACACGUGCUUCCGUUGCAGUCAUCACAGGAAAUAUUUCAGCAGAGAGUCGCCGCUGCUCCCGGAUUUCAGAAUGGUGUUGCGCAGCACAUCCAAAACCAGAACAUGAUGCCAUCUGUCGCUCCGAAUGUCCCGAUGUCCCACCCAAUGAGACCUCAAUCAAUCGCUGGCCUCUCUCAACUUCAGCAACAACAAAUCCCCCAACAACGACCUGUCUCGGCGCCGACUGGAAUGGGAGUUCAAUUUGUGCCGGUUUGUAGAUACGAAGACUCCCAAGCCAUCCGUGCCACUUCAUUCCAUCCCUCCGGAAAAUUCUUUGCGUUAGGUACCAAUUCGAAACAACUACAUAUUUGUCUGUAUCCGGAUAUUAAGAAAACGCAGAGCCGACCAAUGGCUCACGAAUCUACGAGAAACGCUGAAAUCGCGGUGACCAGACCCAAACAACAUAGAGGAUCUGUCUACUGUCUUUCCUUCAACCCGAAUGGUGAUCUUCUGGCGACUGGUUCAAAUGAUAAAACUAUUCGGCUGAUGGCUUUCAAUGAGGAUUCUUGUAGAAUUGGCGCUGAAAUGGAAUUGACUUGUCACGAUGGCACCGUGCGUGACCUGAUUUUCAUCGAAAGUUCUAUCAAUCGAUCGACAAUUUUGGUGUCAGGAGGUGCCGGAAAUUGUCAUCUAAACGUGACCGACUGUAAUACCGGACAGUUGAUUCAAUCGAUGAAAGGGCAUUCCGCACCAAUCCUCGGACUAUACACAUGGAGCCAGGCUGGAAAUCAAUUCGUUUCGUGCUCUCAGGACAAAACUAUCAGAUUUUGGGAUUUAAGACAGCAGACGUCUACAAAUGUGAUAUCUCCGGGGAGCAACAAGAGUCAUAACGCCUCCCCAGUCACCUCCGUUUGCGUGGAUCCCAAUGGAAAACUUCUCGUAUCAGGACACGAAGACGCAUCUGUUGCCCUAUUCGAUAUCACUGGAAAUCGCGUUUUGCAGUCUUUCAGACCUCAUGGUGAUGAAGUUCGAACAGUUCGAUUCAGUAACGCCGCCUAUUACCUGUUGACUGCCAGUUAUGAUAAACGAGUGGUAAUAACAGAUAUGCGAGGUGACUUAAUGGCUCCUCUGAUGUAUCUUCCAGUCGCUGAGCAUUCCGAUAAAGUUGUGCAGUGCAGAUGGCAUCCCCACGACUUCUCAUUUCUCUCCACAAGUGCCGAUCGUUCCGCCGUGCUUUGGUCUCUUCCCAAUCGAUGA